CCGUCGUGUCCGUGGUUUGACCAACCUGUAAUCAAGAUGAGUCUUCUGAGGUGAGCUCGAUGAAACUUCGUGCAAACUUUGGAUGUCUUUUCGCUGGUUCGUGUGUUUGCGAUAGUAAAAUAGCAGAGAUUGAGGCCGAGAUGGCGCGAACGCAAAAGAACAAGGCCACCAACUAUCAUCUCGGUCUGCUCAAGGCAAAGCUGGCCAAACUGAAGCAGCAGCUAGUAGGUCAUGGUUGGUCCCGUCAUCAUUCAUUGUGUGGAACUGUGUGUUGUGAUGGUUUGCAGAUAUCCGGCAGUUCAGGCAAGGGAGGUGGCGGUGGCACUGAUGGUUUUGAUGUGACCAAGACAGGCGACGCUCGAGUAGGCCUCGUCGGGUUUCCAUCCGUAGGGAAGUCGACUCUCCUCAAUAAGCUCACGGGUCACGCUGAGAUGGCUGCGUCAGAGGGAAGCAUGCGAUAAUGCGCUGCCACCGUCGUCUUCGUCGUCUUGCAGGCACGUAUUCUGAGGUGGCGGCCUAUGAGUUCACGACCCUUACCUGCGUCCCAGGGGUCUUCAAAUACAAGGUAGAGAGCAGCGGGAGCCCGGCUCUGUCAUCUUCAACUCUGCCUCCCUCUUUCCCUCUCCGUCGCAGGGCGCCAAGAUACAGUUGCUUGACCUUCCUGGCAUCAUUGAGGGCGCUAAGGACGGCAAAGGACGGGGUCGUCAGGUCAUUGGUGUAGCGCGGACAUGCAGCCUCAUUCUCAUCGUGCUGGACGUCAUGAAGCCACUCACUCACAAGAGGAUCAUCGAAAAGGAGGUGGAGGGGUUUGGCAUCCGGCUCAACAAAAAGCCGCCAAACAUCACCAUCACCAAGAAAGACAAGGGAGGCAUCAUUAUCACCACCACACAGCCACUCAAGAAGAUCGACGAUGAGACUAUCAAAUCGAUCUGUCACGAGUAAGAAUACCAGCGCCAGUCGGUCUCACCGUGGAUGAACAUGUGUUGUGUCACCGUGCCACAGGUACAGGUGAGCGAGCGACCGACUGUGAGACGCACGCAUCGACGGAAGGCAUGUAGUCGUGUGACAAGCCUUGUCCACUUCUCUGAGCUGUAGAAUUGGCCACCUCAAUGCGUGUGUGUGAAUGCAGGAUAUCGAAUGCCCAGAUACAGAUCCGUUGUCAGGCGACGGCAGACGACCUGAUCGACGUCAUAGAAGGGAACCGCGUCUAUGUCCCGUGCAUAUACGUGCUCAAUAAGAUCGACCAGAUCACUAUCGAGGGUAUGUAUGUACGGACGUAUGUAUGUGUGCAUGCACACAGGGGCCUCUGAGAGAGAGAGAGAGAGAGAGACCCGUUGCACCACAUCCCCGCUUCGGGAGCUUCUUGCUUGUUGGUUGCUGCAGAGCUGGACAUAUUAUCCAAGUGCCCACACUACGUGCCCAUAUCUGCGCACCAUGAGUGGAAUUUGGAUGGGCUGAUUGAGAAGAUAUGGCAGUACCUCGACCUCGUCCGCAUCUACACAAAACCGAAGGUACGAGUUGGGAUGGGAACGGGAGACGCCACAUGGCAGGCAGACAGGCAGGCAGCGUGGACGGACGGACGGACGGACGGACGGACGGACACUUAAGUGCCUUGCGAUUGAUAUCCCUUCUGUGUGUGUGUGCCCCACGUUACACAUACGAAUACAUACUUACAGGGUCAGAUUCCCGACUACAACGCACCUGUCAUUCUGAAAAGUGCUGAGACCAGAGUCGAGCACUUCUGCCUCCGAAUCCACAAGACACUCCUCGCGCAGUUCAAACAUGCUCUUGUGUGGGGCAAGUCGGUGAAACACAACCCACAAAAGGUCAGCUGCCUCAGCCAAAAGCAAACAUCUAUAGUUCAUGAUUCAUGUACGUAUGUGCUCACGGCUUCCUUCCCUUGGCCACUGCCCUGAUGUGCUUGAUGUGCAUUAAUGAAUGGCAAUGCAGGUCGGCAAGGAGCAUGUCCUUCAGGUCAGUGAGUCUGCCACUAAUUUCCGUCCGCUGUGUGUCAGCGGUUCAUUCCUUGGCUUGGGUGCGUACACGUGUGGCUGUGUGUGCGUAGGACGAGGACGUUGUCCAGGUACAUGUGGCCGAGGGCGAGAGGGGGCUUAGCCUGCCAAAACGCCAUGCCGACCGAUGUGUUAGAGUCUCUUCCCUCCUGCGUGUUGUGUUGGCCUGGCUGGCCUUUCGGUUGAUGCAGAUCAUCAAGAGAUGAAUGCCACAUGGCGUGUCUGUCGAGUCAGUCGAUCGAGUGGCGAGCAAGACAAGACACGCAUAGGUGUGUAUUUGUGCUUUGUGGGUUGGUUGGUUGGGUGGGUGGGUCACUCACUCACUGACUUACAGACUCGACUGACUUGUACAGCCGCGUGUACAUGCAUGGCAUAGAGGCGAAUCGAUGUUCAUGGAUAAAGUAUACGUUGACCAAUCCAACAACAAAUGCACACAACACAACACGAGUGAAUGAAUG